UCAUGCGGGCGUGACUUAAGUUGGACAAACUACCGCUGGAAGUUUGUGACUUUCCUGCUAGAAAAUCAUGUCUACUGCUGUGGAAAUGGCUCUGAGUCCGAAGAGACGUGUUUCCUCGUGGAUUUCUCGUUUACAUGAAUCAACAGUUAAGUAAACAUAGACCGUUUCUGGAAUUUUAUGUACUUUAAUCGCAACCGUGCGCGCGCUAACGGUACGCGGCCACAUGCGUGUUGUGGCUGAACUUCAGUCCGCUGCUUCGGCUCUGAAGCUCAUGCCACGAUGAACUGUGAGACGUUACCCAAGUAUUCCUUGCUGGAUUUUGUAUUCACGCUCAUCGGCGUGUGCACGUUUCUGUUUGACGUGGGCUCGGAUCUGUGGGUGGCGAAGGAGUUCUACACGCAUGGAGAGUUCGUGUGGUUCGGGGUCUUUGUGGGCUUCAUGCUCAUAUCCUCUGUCGUCGUUCAGCUCUUCAGCUGGUUUUGGCUGCAGUAUGAUCGCGGUUUGAAGGACUUUGAGUCUCAAGCGUCCGCCGGGAACCUAGUUUUGUUCAGUGGAGCGAAAAGAGUAAAAUUGUUGCUUUUCCUGCAUGUGUGUCAGCUGGGCUUCUUCAUCAGGCACAUAUCAGCUAUCUGGCAGGGUUUUCGUGUGUGGAGGCGAAAGGGUUGUGGGUCUGAGUAUGCAGUUUAUAUGACUCAUGACCUCAGCAUGCUGCGGCUCAUUGAGACGUUCUGUGAGAGCGCUCCACAGCUCACCCUCAUGAUGUACAUCAUACUGCGAAGCGAUCACGCAAGACUGGUCCAAUAUGUGAGUGUGGGUGCCUCCACUACCUCUGUAGCCUGGAUGGUGGUGGAUUAUCACCGGUCACUUCGUUCAUUUCUACCCGACAAGGACAAUCAAGGUUGGUUGUCAUCUGUGGUCUACUUCUUCUGGAACCUCUUUCUGAUUGGCCCCCGUGUGGCUUCGGUUGCUCUCUUUGCCUCUGUGUUGCCCUGCUUCAUCGCUGCUCACUUCCUGCUUCUGUGGCCCAUCUUGGUGUUAUGGGCCUGGAGGCAGGGCACCAAUUUCAUGGACAGUCCAGCAGGGGAACGGCUCUACCGGGCCACUAUAGGGCUCAUCUGGUACUUCAGCUGGUUUAACGUGGUUGAAGGAGACACCAGGGACAGGAGUCUGAUCUACCACAUGUUUAUAAUCACAGACACUAGCAUCCUGUUGACCACAUGGUGGUUGUACCGAGAUGCAGAGAUGACCCAGUCGUAUGCCUUCAGUCUGAUAAUCUCCAUCCCACUUUGUUAUGUCUUGGGUCUGUCGAUAAAAGUUCUCUACUAUUGCUGUUUUCACCCCAAACUGUGGCGGCCUGCAGAUUCGGGAAAAGCAACAUAUGAUGUAACGGAUGGAGUGGAGCCUUCUGUGGAUGUUCAGGCCGACAGUGCUUCUGUUCACACCUUUAACAAGAGGAUGGGCCGACAUGCUGCUACCUUCUACACAACAAACACCUCAUCAACAGUUAAAACAAAGGAAAGUGAAACAACUAAUGCAGUGGUACUUUAAAAAUCAAUGCUAUUUAGCUUGUUUUACUGUUACAGAAAUGUUAUUAUAUUUGUAAAUUCUUGUAUAUAGCGUUGUUACAAAUUAUGUUUUUGGAUAAGUUACUGUUAAUAUGAAGUCAUUAAUGUUAAAAUAAAAAUUCGGUAGCACUUUAUUUUACAGUCCUGUUCCUUAUGUACAUACUAUGUACUUAUUAUAGUAAUUACAAUAACUAUGUAAUAACUAGGUACUAACCCUGAACCCU